GGGUGUUGGGUGUGUAGAUAGGAUCCGAUAAAAUUGAUUGAUUGUCCGCCACUCGUAGUCUGUAUUCACUAUUCGCCCAUGUCUCUCGUUUUCUGGCCGAAGCCCCAAUCUCUAUCUCCCCUUCCUUCUCUUCUCUUCUCUUCUCUGAUUGAUUCUCUUCUUCACUUUCUUUUCUGUCUUAGCUCCACCCUCCACCCACCAAUGGCUUCUGUUUCAGCUACUUCUCUCAGGAGCUUCCAGCUGCCACAUUCUAAGGAAGACGGCGGCGCUGAUCGGCACUCCAACUCCAACCGCUUGUAUCUGAAAUCGUCCUUCUUCUCUCCUUUACGCACUCCCUCCAACUCCAAGAUUCCUCCUUUAGGGAGCCAAAAAUCUGGUAAAAUUGCAGCUGCACCCAAGUUCUCCAUCUCCAUGCGCGUCGCCUCCAAGCAAGCCUAUAUCUGUCGUGAUUGCGGGUACAUUUACAAUGAUCGAACUCCUUUUGACAAAUUGCCUGAUAAGUAUUUCUGUCCUGUCUGUGGUGCUCCUAAGCGACGAUUUAGACCUUAUGAGCAAUCCGUGACAAAAAAUGUUAACGAACUCGAUGUGAGGAAGGCGAGGAAGGCGCAGAUUCAGAGAGAUGAAGCUGUUGGGAAUGUGCUGCCUAUUGCUGCUGCAGUUGGAAUCGUGGCACUUGUAGGUUUAUACUUGUACCUGAAUAGCGUGUAUUAGAUCCAGUGGCCAGUGGGUGGCUCAGUGCUUCUCACUAUUAUGUUAUAUUGAUUUACAUUCUAUAUGUAUUUUUUCCACCCCCCAAUUCAAAAACCUGGCAUAUUGCUAUAACGUUGAGGCAUGCAAGAUUAUUUUUAUAUUAAAUUGUUUCUUGAGACUUGAACAUGUUAA